AUGUCCAAUAAAUGGUUACUAGGUCCACAGACUGUUGUCAGACCUAUUUUAAUAAACAGACAAGUAAGUGACAAUGGGGAAGCAAAGCUUCCAGCUUGGAUUAUAAAGGUCAGUAGUACUCCAUAUAACUUAAAAGCUUCACGUAUAAAUGAAUGGAUUAUUUUGAAAUGGAAGGAAAAUAUGGGUCUUGAGUGUGGAGAACAACCGCAAGGUUACUAUUUGAUAUUCGAUAAAAUAUGGUUCAAUGGCCCUAUGAACAUUUCAUUUCCUCUGGAUCGUUUUACCAGCUACAUGAAAUUCAUCCCAUUCAAUGAUAAAAACCUAGUUAAAAGUAAAAUUAUGCAAUCAGAUGAUUGGUUUUAUGAAAAUGUGUUGAAAAUCCGACUGGAAACCUUUUUCGACGGGAAUGAAGUUUGUUAUUUCAAUGGUCGCCUGCGUUUUCAAUUAAACUUAGUUGGUCAUUCAGAAAACAAGAAUAAUGAGCAAGCAGAAAUCAUACUGAAUCUAGCGGAAGAAGGAGGAAUAAGAGAUCGAUUAUUGCUUCGUAAGAUUAUUCCACUAUCCAAACAAAAACAUGAGAGUCAGAAAGCUCGCGUACUGAUAACGUGGAUACCGAAAUCACUGAAUCAGAUAUCUUCAUUGCACUACACAAAUACAUUUACCUUACAAUGGAUAAGACUUGACCCCAUAUCACAUGAAAAUGCGAGUCUACCAUCUACACGUCUAAUCAGCUGGCCACAAGCAAAUAAUCCUAUUAUGAUGAAUGAUGCAUUUAUAACACCGAAAACAGCCACCGCAACUACCACCAUCGAAACAACUGCAGCAAUAAGACAACAGUAUUCAGAAUACUUAAUUGCUAUCGAUGAGUUAUUGAUGGAUGCAACUUAUUUAUUUCAGCUAAUUGAAACCGAUCCAAAUCAAACCAUAAACGUUUCAGCAUAUAGCUCAGAGGGAUGUUUAAAGAAAACAGAAUUAUUGGUUUACAUAACGGCUGUCGGAAAUUCUCGAACAGCGCCUAAGCUACCUCCCGAUCCACCCAAAGUAAGGCUAUUAGACAGUCCCUCAAUAAACAGGCAGAAACAUAACACAGUUUGUCCAUCUACAUCAGUACAUUUGGCCUGGCCAAACUAUCUACGCCACCUGCAAACGAAUCAAACAAGUGAAUAUGAUUCUGCAUUUAUUUAUACAUCUCCAGUGACAAAUUACACUUUACAGUAUGCUGAAAUAACAGAAGAUAACUUCUAUGAUGAUGUUUCGUAUCACCGGAGCUCAAUUAACUAUGAUUCUGUCAUGUGGGAAAGGUACCAACCAUCUCCACAAAUUGGCGAUGAAAAUGAUUUUGUAGUUAAUGGGCUGCGACCGCAUAAAAUGUACAUAUUUCGCCUGGCUGCUCAGACGGAUGCUGGACAAAGCCCUUUUAGCCUACCAACUGAUGUCGUGAUCACAGAAGCCCAAAGGCCAUGUUCAACUCUACUUCAUUUGAAAGUUGACUUGAAGUCUGCCGAUGUUUCUAAAACAAUACAACAUUCUUCAAAUGCUCAGCUAGGAGAAAAUGAAUUUUUGGGCAAAAAUUACUGUGAAUUUGUUGUUGUAAAGUGGAAGGUAUUAGAUCAUAAUGCAUGGAACAGCCAAACUGGUUGGUAUCAUAUCUCAUACAGACUAUGGUCAUCUAAUCAUAACGACGGCAAUUCCCAGUCAUUUAAUUUAUUUAUAAAACAUGAUGAAAAUAAAGUAGAAAACUCUUCUUACUUACAAGUGGAGUUACAAGAUUUUAUUACCAAAUAA